AUGGCCCUCCCCAAAACAAUGCGCGCCCUCCUCCAGCCCUCCUUCGAGGAACCCCGUCUGGUCCUCAUUCCAGACCAUCCGGUCCCAACCGCCACAGAAGGGACAGACGAGCACCUCAUCCGCGUCCACUGCGUCAGCCCCUGCGCCAACGAACUCAACUGGGCCAAGUACCACCCCGCCCUUCAAGCCCGCGAGCAGAUCCCCUGCUACGACGUCGCCGGAACAGUAAUCACUGCACCUGCAUCGUCCGACUUCCAACCCGGUACAGAAGUCUACGCACGCUCGCACUUUCUCCGCCCCGGCUGCGCACGCGACUACGCCAUCGUGUCCGGCGGGGAUCUCGCGCGCCGUCCGCAGCAUCUGAGCUGGGCGGAGAGUACCUCCAUCCCGCUGAGCACGCAGACGGCGCUGCAGGCGCUGUUCGUGCAGUCGGGGAUCGGGGAGCUGGGCGAUGAGGCGUGGAAGGGGAAGAGGUUGGUGCGGUUGGCGGGUGCGACGGUGACUGGGACGUGUGGGCCGCGGAAUGUCGAAUUUGUGAAGUCGUUGGGAGCAAGCGAGGUGAUUAACUACCGGGAGAUGGAUCUGAAGGAGUGGGGCCAGAGGCCGGAGCAUCAGGUUGAUUUGGUGGUCGAUUGUGUUGGCAAGAAGUCGUUGGAAGAUGCGUGGUGGUGUGUCAAGGAGGGUGGGGUUCUGAUCAGCAUCUUCCAGCCUCCAGAGCAGGUGCAGCCUGAGGAGUGCAAGGGGAAGAAUGUCCGGAAUCUGUUCUUCAUCGUGUCGGCGAAUCGAGUAGAUCUGGAGAAGAUCACGAAGCUGGUGGAGGAGGGCAAAUGUCGGGGUGUCGUGGACAGUGUUUGGCCUCUGGAGCAGUUCGAGGAGGCCUUCAAGCGACUGGAUGAGGGACAUGCUAGGGGAAAGAUUAUCCUGGAUCUAUCACUGAAUCAGUAG